AUGAAUAUUUAUUGUUGUCUUAAAUUGAUCCAGUCUGCUGAAGAUAUGGUGUCGUUUGGCUUGAAAUAUUGCCUGUUUCUUUGUUUGUUGGUAACCAUCAAUGCUGAUGAAAAGAAAUAUUCCGCGAAAGAUAAAGUAAUAGUAUAUGUGAAUAAGGUUGGUCCAUAUUCUAAUCCUCAAGAAACGUAUCAUUAUUAUUCAUUACCUGUAUGUCGUCCAACAAAAAUUGUAUCGAAAGAAUUAACAUUGGGUGAAGUACUUUCAGGUGAUCGUAUGGCUCAUUCUUCAUAUGAAAUUCAAUUCAAUGAGGGUGUAUCUAAUAAACAGUUAUGUACAUUAACAUUGAAUAAUGAUGAAUUGAAUGCAUUAAGAUUAGCGAUCGAAGAGUUUUAUUAUUUUGAAUUUGUUGUUGAUGAUAUUCCCAUUCGAGGUUUUGUUGGACAAGUUGAAGAAACGAAUCUAUUCCCACAUAAACACCAUAUUUAUGUUUAUACGCAUCAUCAUUUUGAUUUUCAUGUGAAUAACAAUCAAAUUGUUUAUGUGAAUAUCAGUACAAAGGAGCAUCCACCAACAGCAUUAGAUGAGGAUUUAGCAAUACCUUUGAAAAUUCAGUACACAUAUUCAGUUAAAUGGCAUCAAACUGAAACAUCGUAUAAAGAUCGUGCGAAAUAUAUUACAAAUACUGGUUUCUUUCCGGAAACACUUGAAAUUCAUUGGUUAUCUGUGAUUAAUUCUAUGGUACUCGUCUUUCUUCUCAUUGGUUUUAUCGUUAUUAUUCUGUCUCGUAUAUUGAAACAUGAUCUCAAUCGAAACACUGAUGAAGAUGAUGAUGGCUCACCAGAAGAAGAAAAUGGUUGGAAAAUAAUUCAUACGGAUGUCUUUCGUUUUCCAGCUCACCGGGAAUUAUUUUGCUCGAUACUCGGUGUUGGUAGUCAAUUCAUAUCGAUUUUUACUGGUAUUCUUAUCUUUGCCGUAUGUGGCAUGUUUACUGUACAUCGUCAUGGUUCAUUAAUGGCAUCGGGGAUUAUGUUGUAUGCAUUUACAUCGUGUGUAGCUGGUUAUAUGAGCGGAAGAAUGUAUCGUCAAUUGCAAGGUGAACAUUGGACAUGGAAUAUUAUUCUAACGGCAAAUCUUUUUACGAUACCGUUUUUUGUCGUCUGGUGUAUUAUAAAUUCAUUUGCAUGGGCAUAUGGAACAACACAAGCAUUGCCAUACACAACCGUCCUUAUUCUUGCUUUCAUGUGGCUUUUUGUCGGUUUUCCUUUGACAGUAUUGGGUGGAAUUUUUGGUAAGAAUUGGGCAGGAAAUUUUGAUGCACCAUGUCGUACAAAAAAUAUUUCACGAGAAAUUCCUCAAGUACCCUGGUAUCGUUCCAGUUUUGCACGAAUGUUAAUUGGUGGUUUCCUGCCAUUCUCGGCAAUUAGUGUAGAACUAUAUUACAUAUUUUCGACAUUUUGGGGCCGUGAACAUUAUAUGCUAUAUGGAAUAUUAACAAUUGUUUUCAUUAUUCUUUUGUCCGUUACUGCGUGUAUAUCAAUAGCUUUGACUUAUUUUCAAUUAGCCGCAGAAGACUACAGAUGGUGGUGGCAAUCAAUUCUGACAUCCGGAUCGACUGGCAUCUUUGUAUUCUUGUAUGCUGUAUUCUUUUAUUUAAAUCGAUCUAAAAUGCGCGGCACAUUACAAACAUUACAAUUCUUCGGUUACACAUCGAUUGCUUGCUAUGUCUUUUUUCUGAUGCUCGGUACAAUUGGCUUUUUUUCUUCACUUCGUUUUAUUCGUUAUAUUUAUGUUAAUAUUAAAAUGGAUUGA